AUGGGCUUGACACGGUUGUGGUUCAAAAUAGCUAUCAGAGAAGGGAUCCGAGGAAGUGAACUGCAAAUCUUUGAAUGCCCAGUAGCCAUUGGCGCAAAGGGAAUAACUGAUAUCCACUAUUCCAUAUAUUGUCAUACAAGCAGUGGCGGCCUUAGGAGUAAGUAUGCUUGGAAUAUGUCUGAGGACGACAAACUGUAA